AUGUUUGGCAACGUGGAUUUUCUAUCCUUUGAUGGCGAAGUAACACCUCCACCAACCACUUCGUCGGGAAAUAUUCGUACUAAAGUUCGCCAGCGAGAAUUAGUGCUGCAGCGUCUAGAAAGUUCCCGUGCUAGCCUAGCUGAACUUAAUACCAUGACCGAGUCGAUGCUGAAGGUCAAGCUUGAGAUUUUGCAACGCUAUCUGGAUAGCUUUGAGGCGAUUCAAUCUCAACUGGAAGAGCUUGAUGAGUCCGAAUUGGAAGGAACGCAUCGCGCCAAAUUUGAAGCUGCCUAUCUCGUAUUAAAAUCUGCCAUCAUGGAGAGGCUCGCUCAUCUACGUGCAAUUGAACCUGACACCUUAAGCAGUACGCGCAUUGUUUCGUCGUCAACUCAAUCAAGAUUUCACCUUCCGAAAUUACAGCUUCCGAAAUUCUCUGGGCAUCAUGCAGAUUGGCUUGACUUUUAUGACAUGUUUUCGGUCUUAGUCCACACAAACAACGAGCUAUCAGAUAUCGAAAAGUUUCAAUAUUUUCGAUCAUGCCUAACCGAUAGCGCUGCACGACUUGUACAAGCACUAGAAGUCACCGCGGUCAACUAUCGCAAGGCUGUUGAGCUACUCAGUGCACGAUAUGACAAUAAAAGACUAAUUUUCCAGUCGCACCUAAAAAGAGUUUUCGAAAUUCAGCGUGUCAUGAAGCCGUCUGCAACUACACUUCGUGAAUUCAUCGAUAUGGUAAACGGAAGUCUACGCGCAAUGGAAUCUUUAACAUCAAAAUCUCAAAUUUCUGAUGGCAUUAUCCUCCAUCUGCUUACCUCCAAACUCGAUGAGUCGACUAGAACAAAGUGGGAGGACGAGGUGGCCACAAAGUGGACUAAUACGAGCACCUCGCCACUUAAACUGCCUUCGUGGGAUGAUUUGGCCAGCUUUCUGGAGCGCCGCUGCCAAAGCUUUAACAUUAUGGAGGCCAGCAUCGCUUCGACAAAAAAUAUUCCCUCAUCGCCUCCCAGACGUCAUCGUACUCUGAAACCGCAAUCCAGUUUGUUGUCAACGCAUGCGGACAAAUGCUUAUUGUGUGACGAGCAAAUCAGCCACAAUGCGUUCAAUUGUUCUAAAUUCAUGGCAUUAGAUCCAAUGGACCGCUUUGUACUUGUCAAGCGCAAACAAUUGUGCCUGAAUUGCCUAGGAACGAAACACUCUUCAAGUAAUUGUCCAUCAUCGAGAAGGUGCCAGCAUUGCCGGGUAAGCCACCAUACGCUGUUACACCGUCACCCAUCUCAAGCUCCUCAAGGUCGAGAAGCCAACAAGGGUACUUCUUCGCUUCCAUCCGCACUACAUGUACACGAUAUACGUAGUGAGGUCAUCCUCGCAACGGCGCUUGUGCACCUAGAUAACAGGAACGACGUGCCCAUAACAGCUCGCGCACUCCUCGAUUCAGCUUCCCAACUGAAUUUCAUCACGGAACGCAUAGCGCAGUUGCUUAAGGUCAGGCGGAGUAAAACAAACGUGGAAAUAAGUGGAAUUGGAGCAGUCACUACCACAUCGCAGCAAAUAAGUAUAGUUGGUGUAUCUUCGUUGCAUUCCGGUUUUUCGUCAGUUUUGGAAACUGUUAUAUUGCCGUCAAUUUCUUCCAAGCAGCCUCAACAUCGCCUAAAUAGUACGAAAUGGGGAAUCCCUACCAACAUCAACCUGGCUGACGCCACAUUUAAUCAACCGGGACCUAUUGAUAUCCUAAUUGGGGCCAGCCUGUUCUUCGACAUACUUUCGGUAGGCCAAAUAAAACUCAGUGAGUGUUUACCGACACUGCAAAAAACACAGCUGGGUUGGAUCGUCGCUGGAGCAAUAACACUUUCGCCACCGUCUUCGUAUCCGACGUCGCUGCUCUCGUUGCCGGCGCUGCCUUGCUCAACUUCGCUGCUUGUGUCGUCGCCCUCACUAGAGCUCAGCAAUGUGACUAUACAGCCGCAGCCUGCAUUGGAGUCGCUGUUGGAAAAAUUUUGGAAAUUAGAAGAUGACUAUCAUCCAGAAACAACAAAGCGUAAGGCUGAUGAAAGAGAGUGCGAGAACUAUUUCACACAAACAACAAUGCGGUGUCCAGUCACGAAUAAGUUCAUUGUUCGCCUUCCAUUUUCAAGUAACCCAAGUAAAUUAGGGCAUUCAUUUGACAUUGCCCGUCGACGGUUUUUGGCAGUAGAGAAAAGAAUGCUAAUAAACGACCCAGUUGGAGCAGAAUAUAAGAAAUUUAUUCAUGAAUAUAUAGAUUUAAACCAUAUGAUUGUGAUUACACCAACAAACUCUUCGGCAAGCAUAGGCACAUAUAUUCCACAUCAUUGCGUUACAAAGGAAGAUAGUUCGACCACAAAAUUACGGGUUGUGUUUGAUGCUUCCUGCCGCACAUCGAAUGGUAUCGCACUCAACCAAAUUCUUCGCGUCGGUCCAACUCUACAGGACACCAUUUUCACUGUACUUCUUCGUUUUCGAACUCAUCGCUAUGUGCUUAUGGCCGAUAUAACGAAAAUGUACCGGCAGAUUCUGGUCGAUGAGCGAGAUGCCAAAUGGCAGUGCAUAUUAUGGCGAGAUUCGCCAAGUGAACCACUCCAGACUUAUCAACUACGAACAGUGACAUACGGAACCAGUUGCGCUCCUUUUUUAGCCGUAAGAUGUUUGCAGCAACUGGCGUACGAUAACAUGUCCAACCACCCCAUUGGAGCUGCUGUCACUCUACGAGAUUUUUAUGUCGACAAUCUCAUGACAGGUAGCAACACCAUUGAGGAUGUCAUUAAAAUUAAAAGGGACGUCAUAGAUUUGCUUGCUAAAGGAGGAUUUCCUCUUCGAAAAUUUGCAUCAAACCACAACCGCAUCAUCGAUGACAUUUCUGAGCCAGACAGAGAAGCAGUAAUAGGUGGUGAUGUCGACUACAUAAAAACGCUAGGUCUGAAGUGGUCGCCUGCUAAUGACUACUUCUUUUUCUCAUACGCACCAUCGCAACAACGCAUACCAAAAGCCAGUAAACGCACCAUUCUAUCGCAAAUAGCUAGUUUCUUUGACCCACUCGGGUUGAUAAAUCCAAUCGUCGUCACCUGCAAAAUAAUAAUGCAAGAACUGUGGAAACUACGCAUCGCUUGGGACGAAAGCGUACCACUCACCAUCCACACACAAUGGGACGACAUAUGUCGCCAACUUACCGACAUCGACAAGAUUCACGUUCCAAGAUUCGUAUGCAUUGAUUCCAAUACUAAACUACAUGCCUUUGCAGAUGCGAGCAUGAAGGCUUACGGAGCAUGUGUUUACGCGGUUUCUCAUACUGACGGUAGCGCACAUACCUCGCUCAUCACUGCAAAGUCAAGAGUGGCACCAACAAAAACAGUCACUCUCCCCAGAUUAGAAUUGUGUGCUGCGCUUCUGCUGGCAGAAUUGUUAGAAUCGGUAGUAUCAAUACUCUCUGUCAAUCGACGAAACGUGCACUGCUGGUCAGACUCCACGAUCGCAUUGUCGUGGAUACAAGGCGAGCCUUCACGUUGGACAACAUUUGUGGGAAAUAGGGUAGCUAAGAUUCAACAGCUCACAGCUGACUACACCUGGCAUCAUGUAUCAUCAAGCGAAAACCCUGCUGAUUUAGUAUCGCGGGGAGCGAAGGUGUGGGAUCUCAUUGGAAAUAAUCUGUGGUUUCACGGUCCCCAAAUCAUCCACAUCCAAGAAUACCACUGGCCGUCCAUCUCCAAUAAUAUCGUCGUAGAUGUACCAGAGCAACGCAAACAAGUGCAUACUCUUGUGGUAUCUCAAUCAGAAGACAUCAUCGAGGAACACAAAUUUGUCAACAAUUAUCUUAAACUCCUGCGCGUUUUCGCUUACGCUAAACGCUUCAUCGACAAACUUCGAAAUAUACCAACCGAGUGUGGUACAAUAACAGCACCUGAACUAGACGACACUCUGCUAUUCUUCGUUAUAUUCAGCAAAAAUCCUUCACUGCCGAAUACAAGGCGUUGA